UGACUCCUUAUAUAUAUAUAUAUAUAUAAGAGAAAAAAAAACGGAGGGAGGGAGGGGGCUAAGGAAGAGAUUUUCGUGGGAGCGCCAAUUCGAGCCUAUCGAAGUCGGAUUGCUUUUGUGACGUUAUUCCCAACUGUCGAGCUUGGGAGCUCUUUUUAUAUUUGGACCACUGUAAUGCGGCUCUUUCGAGCUCAUUGCGGACACGAGGAGUGCUCACUGUAUUUGGCGGGGUGAGGGGGGCGGAGAAACUAGAGUUGCUAAGCAACGGAAAGCUGUGGCCUGCAACCCGCGCGGUCGAGGCGGGCUCAGAAGCUGCGAGAGAAAGAAGGUGGCGGCGGCGGCGGCGGCUCUGAGGGGGAGGAGGGAGCGAUUUAUUUAUUUGUUUUAUUUUCACUUUUUUUUUGAGCUGCCCAUUUCCCUGAGAGUUAUUCUUUUGGGGAACGGACCCGGAGCACUGAGAGAAAACAUGAAAUUACGUAGAGGUGAGGGAGGAAUAUUGAGAGUCGCAACCGCUUGCUGGUGGCGCGGAGAACGAAUUUGAAUUUCGGGAAUAAAGAUGCGGUGGCGAAGCACUUCUGAGGAAAAAUCGCCGUGGUGAUGCGAUAGGAAGGAGAAUGGGACCUGGUUCAGGCUGUGAUUGUGUUAGAAUUGAGCUAGAGCCGUGUUUCUUAAGGCUUUUUUUCUUUCUCACGACCCUUUCUCUCUUUAAAAAAUAUGCAGGCUCUCCAAAUAGCUUGUUUUUAUGGUUUAUAUUUAUCAGUAUUUGCCAUAUUAGCAAUUAAAAUGGACACGUUCAUAGACUAUUUCUUGAGUCAUGUAAAAUAUUAAGCCGAUUAGCUAUUAACAAAGUAAUGGGGAAACCCCUAUUUUUUAAAAAAAAAACAAUAGGAAGAGUAUCAUGUUUUAAAAUGCUUGCAAAUAUCCUCACUGUCUGGCAAAUAAUUUAGAUCUCGAGGGCCUCUUGAAAGGGUCUUGGGGAUCCCCAAGGAUCUUAGGACCAGACAUUUAAGGAAUACUGAGCGUGAGGAAUUAGUAACAAGGAUCUCUUAUCUUUGAUAUUUUUAUGAUGAUUUUAUUAGAUUUUUAAAGUAGAAAUAUAAAAAUUAAAACUAAUAAUGAAGAUACAAAAGAAUAAAGAGUGCAGAAAGAGAAAAAUAAUGUAAAAAGUGUUUCUGAUUUUCUUUUACAACAGUUAUGAGCAUAAUUUAAAUUUACCUCUUAAUCUAAGGUUACAGCUUUCAUUUUUCCAUUAUCUACAAUUUUUUUCUAAUCAUCAAACUGUAUAUCAUAAUUCCAUUUUUUUUCUGUUUCAUGCAGAAAGUCCAGAGGAGGUUCACAAUCAGCAUUAAAUUAAUCAGUGACUUUAAUCAAAACUAUCUAUUUCGUCAUCUCAGACAGGUGUAUAACCUUUAACAUCCACUCUUCCAUUGUGGGUAAUGUUGGAUCUUUCCACAAUUGUGCAUAUAAAAAGUCUUGCUGCGGCUACUGCGGCUACCAUAUAUAAAAACAGAGUUUCAUGAGGUUUUUUUCCACCUUUGGUCAAUCUUGAAAGAAAUACCUCUGAUUUCAGUUGUAUACAGAUAGUCCUCAACUUACAACCAUUCAUUUAGUGACUGUUCAAAGUUAUAAUGGCACUGAAAAAAGUGAUUUAUGACCAUUUUUCACACUUAACGAUUGCUGCAGCCUCUCCGUGAUCAUGUGAUCAAAAUUCAGAUGUUUGGCAACUGACUCAUAUUUAUGACAGUUACAGUGUCGCAGGGUCAUGUGGCCACCUUGGCGAACUUCUGCCAAUCAAAGUCAAUGGGGAAGCCAGAUUCGCUUAACAAAUAUGUUACUAACUUAAUAACUGCAGUGAUUCACUUAAUAAGGGUGGCAAGAAAGGUCAUAAGAUGAGUUGUAACCACUGUUUUGCUUAGCAACAAAUUUUGGGCUCAGUUGUGAUCCUAAGCUGAGGACAGCCUGUAUGUUUUUAAAAUCUUCUAAAUAAUGUAUGCAGGGCUUUUUUUGUCAUAACGCCCAGAACGGAGUUCCGGCACAUUUUUUGGAUGGAACCUUGUAGGGUAGGCAAGGCGGGUUGUAUGAUGUGUGUGAGUUCCGGCACCUUUUAAUUUUUUUUACAAAAAAAGCACUGAAUGUAUGUAUUUGAAUUUAAAACUGUUUGGCUUUUUUACAUGUCCACCAAGCGUGAUAAAAAGUCCCUUGUUCACAUUUUAGCAUAAAUUUGAUGUACACCUAUACAUUUUAGACAAUUUUUCCAGUGACAAAUACCAACCAUCUUUUUGUACAACUUCUCUUUAAGAUUAUAAUAGUUAUUUGUUUCAGACAAAUGAAUAUAAAUGGAACCUAACUUAUGGGAUUCUAGUGAUCAACAGGAACAUGUGGAAGAUUUACUUGCUAACAUUGUAGCAUUAAGAGGUCAUCUAAAGAAAACAGAAAAAAAUUUACAAGACUUGGGAGAACAGCUUUAUAGUAAUAAUUCACAUAAUUCUGAACUUGGCAUUCAUGACAGUGAGCUUGAAAUUUUAACACUGGAAGAUCUUGUUGAUCCUUCUGAAUUACAGAAUAACACUGUGAGCAAAAUGUCUUGGCAUAACAGUGAUUCUUCAAGGAAACCCAGGAGCAAAUCAUAUUCACUGGCUUUUGAUAAGAGCAUGGAAGAGGAAAAUGAACUACUAAGAGACAAACUGAAUGUAGUCCGUGAAAACAAUGCCUCAUUAAUUUCUCAGAACCACAAACUAAUGAAUGAAAUUGAAACUAUAAAGUUUGAACUGAACCAGGCAAGAGCACAAAUAUCUUUCCUGGAAUCUACUUUGGGUACACGUUCAGUCCAUAUUCCAAUAUUAGAAGAACAGUUAGCAAGCUUGGAAGCAGAUGUUCAUGCUCAGGAUAGUCUUCUAAAAGAUACAGAAGAUAAAUUAGAGGAAAGCCAGAAAAUGCUAAUGGAAAAAGAAUAUGAUUUGCAGAAAUUAAAGGAGGAUUAUAGAAUAAUGAAGCAUGAUUUAAUUGGACGGACCAAACAAGGGAAGAGAACUGAACAGCAAAGAAAUGAAGCUCUGUAUAAUGCUGAAGAGUUGACAAGAACAUUUAAACAAUACAAAGAGAAAAUAACUAAUAAAUUGGAAAAGGUCCAAGUUGAAGAACAAAUUUUAGAAAAAAAAUUAAUGAACUGUGUAAAUGAAAAGGAGAAGUUGCUCACACAAUGUAAUGCCUAUAAAAGUGAGCUUGAAAACAUAAAAGAUCAAUUGAGACAACUAACUGAAGAGAACUGUAUUGGAACACAAAACCUUAAAAGCAUGGAAGCAAAACUGUCUGAAAUGGAAUUUUUGCUUAAACAUACUCAGCAAAAGAAUCAGAUACUUGAAAAUAAACUUCAAGAACAAAAAACAACACUUGAAGAAAAAAGUGCCAUAAUAAAUGAAAAUGAAGAUUUAAAAGGACUAAUUGUACAACAAAAAGAUCAGCUUAACUUGUAUUGUCAAGAAAUUCAACGUUCAAAAAUUGAAUUGAAAACUUUAGAAAAUGUUAUUUUCCAGUUGACCCAAAGUUCAUCAAAAGAGGCUAAUCACUCUAAUGAAAUGUGCAGUAAUUGGUCUGAAACAGAUAGUCUUCUGAAAGAAGAGCUAAGACAGAAAAUUAACUUUCAAGAAGCAGGAAUUCAGAAACUUCAGACAGAAUAUAUGGCCUGUAAGCUAGGUCAAGUUUUCUCUGAUGAUGAUGAGGGACAGAAAUUGAAUGGCCUAGAAAUUGAACCAGUAAAACUCAGUGGAAAUCAGACAGGGACAAAGUGUGAACAACUGGAACUUAUCAGUAAACAAUUUGAAAAAGAGAAGCAAAUAUUAAUUAAAAAAUUAGAAGAAUUACGUAUUAAACUGGAAAAAUCAGAAGAAGAAAAUGCUGUUUUAAAAAAUAACAUUGCCCAGAGAACUAAUCAGUUUCAAACAAUACAGGAAGAGCUAUUGGAGAAAGCUGCAAAAUCAUGUCGCUUGGAACGAGAAGUAGCAAGAAAAUCCUCCCAGUUUUCCAUCCUUGAAAAACAGUUGGAAGAAAAAACUUUUGCUUAUGUAGCUGCGCUUGCAAGAAAUACUGAAUUGGAACAGGAAUUAAUGGUAAUGAACUCUCAGCUUCAAAGCAUGGAAAGAAAUAUCAUCGAAGAACAAGAACACUUCUCUGCAAUGUUAGAAGAAACAAAGUUAAUCAAUCAUGAGCAACAAAAGGAGAUGGAAAGACAAAUUGAUUUACUUCAAUCUGAACUAGAAACUAAAAACCAGCAAUUUCUAGAACAAGAGAAAACAAUGUCCAUUUUCCAGCAGGAUGUUUUAUAUAAACAGCAUCAUCUUGAAUCAUUGGAUCGACUCUUAAUAGAAAGCAAAGAGGAAAUGGAAAAACAAAAAAUAAAAAAAGACGAAGCUUUAAAGAAAUUACAAGGCCAAUUUGCUGAUGAAACAGUCAAGGUCAAACAAUUACAAAAAGCGUUAGAAAGCUGUAAGCAAGAUAUAGCUUUGUAUUUAGAUCAUUUAGAAGAAGAAAAAGUGUUGUUUGAAAAGCAAUUGGAGAAAAAGUCCGAAGAGAUCCAGAGGUUGCAAAAAGAAAUAAAGCAUAAGAAUGACAGUCUUCAGUCAACUAGUGAGCAAAAUCUUGCUCUACAGCAGAGUCUGCAGCAGCAGCAACAAAUGUUACAUCAAGAAACCAUUAGGAAUAGUGAAUUAGAUGACAGCCAAAUAAAGCUCCAACAGCAGGUAUCAAAACUAGAGCAAGCGCUUCAAAAGCAGAAAGAUAUGUUGGAAGAAGAAUUGAGAAGAACAAAUGAAAGGCUUCAUUUAGCCACUGAAGAAAACAAUGUGAAACGGCAAAAAAUAGGAGAACUUACUGCUACAAUCAGGCAGAUUAAACAAGAGAUGGAUCAGUGUAAAGAUGAGUUAAUAGACAUGGAGAAAGAAUUAGUGCAUUUAAGAAGAGAUGGUCAUAGUAAAGCAAUGCAAGUGAGCCAACUGGAAAUUACUUUACAACAGAGAACCUCAGAAUUUAAUAAAAAGACACACCAAGUGAAGGAAUUAGAAGAUAAGCUGCUUAUAAGUGAGACCCAGCAAAACGAUUCCAUACAGAAAAUAGAAUCUCUAGAAACUGACCUGAAAAAUACCACUGGGGAGUUAAAAACUACUUUGAGACAACUGCAAGACUUUCGGGAUACAUUACAGAAUGCACAGAUAUCCCUACAGGAGAAGUGUACUACUAUCCAUGACUUAACAGAUGAAUUAAGAGAAUGCAAGGAUGAACUUGAAGAGAAAAAGGAAGAACUUCUCGACAUGGAAAAGGUGCUGAAAGAAAGAAAUUGGGAUUUGAAACAAAGAGCAGCUCAGGUUACACAGUUGGAUAUGUCAAUUCGUGAAUACAGGGGAGAAAUGGAACAAAAAAUAAUUUCACUGCAAGGUAGCUUGGAAAAAGCAGAGUUGCAGAUAAAGGAUUAUAAUAAACAGAUUGAGAGUUUGGCAAGCAAGGUACAGUGCUCAAAAGAAGAACUUCAGGAAAAAGAGUUUAAUAUUCUCCAACAACAUCAAGACAUAAAUCAUCUUAGAAAAGAGAAUGAACAAAAGCAGCAAAGAAUAACAGAUACUGAGAAGAACCUGAAAGAUCAAGAAAGUUGUAUCGCAGAACAGUAUAAAGAAAUACUUGAUUUGGGGCAACAGUUGAGACUGGAACGUGAAGCAAUGAAACAAGUUCAUGUGGAUCUGUUAGAGAGUCGCCGCCAACAGGCUCAAGCUCAGAGAGAUGUGGACAGGCUCUCUCUUGAACUGGAAGAAGUGAACCAUAUCUCACAUGAAAAAGAAACCCGUAUAAAUAAUUUGGCAGAACAACUGGGAGCAGCUCAGGUGCGAGAAACUGAAUUAGAAGCAAGGAUGCAAGCUGAGAUUAAAACGCUCACUGCAGAAAUACAUUUGUUAAAGCAGUCUUCUUUAUCAGAGAAAAUUUCCCAUGAAGAAGAACAGGCAAAAUGGCAGCAGUCGCUAUCUAAAUCUCAUCACGUUAAUGGGCAACUACAGCAGAUCAAAAUGGAACUGGAUGAUGCUCAAGACACUGUUUAUAAUCUGCAGCAACAGCUUCAGUCCAGAGAUGAUGCGAUUCAAGCAGCAAAUGAAAAAUUGCUUCUUAAAGAAUCUGAGCUUACAAGAUUACAAACCAGAAUUGCAGCUCAUGAAAGAACAGGAAGCAUCAAGCAACUAAUAGAACAUCAUUGGUUUGAUGAUCAAGAACUUGGCUUUGCCAAGCAUUCUACUCGUAGAAAACUAUGGCGCUCAACAAGCACCAGUAAUCUAAAUAUUAAGGGCAAUGAAAACUUACUAAGUCAAAAUCAGACAGUUACACUGCACUCUUCAGUGAGUUCUGAAAUGUCAAAAAAUAUAUCUCAUGCUUCACCAAAGAGUUUGAAUGAGUCUUCCUUUGAUCCUUUGACAUACGGUAUAGACGAAGAGGUACCUUGUAGCAGUAAUGACUUUCAAACACUGAGUGGCAUGCUAAAAUAUAUCAGCAAGGAAAUAAAGGAUUCUGAAAAUUCUUCACUAUAAUCUUUAUCAGCUGUAAAGAAAAAUCAAG